UGGUUUUGCCUGCCUCCAUGGGCAGAGGCAGUAAUGCUUUCAGUUGCUGCAAACCGCAUGAGCAGCUUGGCCUGAUCCAGCUUUGAGGCUCUUAUCUUCUUAUGAAGGAGCAAAAUUCAAUCGUGCAGGAAGAUGCACAAAGCGAUGCUUCCACAGAAGCCCACCCACCCAUUAGUUUGUAGUCAUGUGGCACAGUCAAUUAAUUAUGUGUGUGAUUAAUAAAAGCCCUUAGCCAACUUGCAGCUCCGCAGAGCCACAGCACUCGGUCAGGACGACGGACGGACGGACAGACAGACGGCAAGAGUCAGGUUAUCCAGGGAGACCAUGUUGAGGAUCCUGCUGCUGUCCUUAGGAUUCCUGCAAGAAAUCCCCACCACCCUGGCCUCUAACCCCAACCACAGCCGCCGUCUGGCCGAGCGGGGCCCCUCCAUGCUGGACGAAGAAGGCCGCUCCAGCUACCCAGGGCUUCUGCAGGUGAUCAAAGAGGGACCCCCAGAUUUUGAACACCUGGCUGCCCUGGAGAUGCCAAUUGCCCAAGAUGACCUUGCGCUAGAAGCAAACGCAAUGGAGCCACAGCAGAUGUUUCUGACGGCCCUGCAGACCCAGGGAAGGGAAGAGCGUUCCCCUCGAAGAUGUGUCCGCUUGCAGGAAUCUUGCCUUGGGCACAAGCUCCCCUGCUGUGAUCCAUGUGCCACCUGCUACUGCCGCUUCUUCAAUGCCAAUUGCUUUUGCAAGAAAUUUAGCAACACUUUCCCCUGUGGCAAGAACUAGCCUUCAUCAGGGUGCCACUCCCUUAUCUUACUUUAAAAUGGGGUCCUGUUCUUUUCACCCAUUUUAAUAAAAAGGAGGAGUGACAAAAACAUGAGCUUCUCUUUCCUUACAAAGGAAAAACAGACAACCAAAAGCCUUCAUUGCCUCAGCAGGUGACAGUUCUCCAGCAUUCUACUAAAACCCAAAGCUUUACUCAGCCAUCCUUGGCACAUUUGGGUACUUGAGAUUGGGAAAGGGAUGGCUUAUUGUGCUGUACAGACCUGGGUUCUCCAUCUCAGGGUCUCUGAGUAGGUUACUGUAGUGUACAGUAGCACUUAGAAACCUAUUUUUGUCAUGAAGUGUUAUAUUAAUAAAUACUACUACUGCUAAUAAUAA